AUGCAACCGACACAAAGCCUGCUCAUAAGUCUUCUUGGGCCCAUCCAACAACAAAUCCUCUCCAUUCAAACCGCACACCGGAAAGCGCGAAACUGGCAAGACAAGGUGGCACUUGGCUCCGUACGAAUGUUACGCUGGGGUAUGGACUUUGUUACUGGGUAUCGAUCUGAGCCAGCGACUGCAACCUCUAUGCCUCAACGUUAUAUCAUGACGGAGGAGAAAUGGAUCACCCGGUUCAUCUUUCUUGAGAGCGUCGCAGGUGUUCCUGGAAUGGUAGCCGGAAUGCUACGACAUCUCAAAAGUAUAAGGAGAUUUCAAAGGGACUACGGAUGGAUCGAAACCCUUCUUGAAGAAGCCUACAACGAAAGAAUGCAUCUCCUCACCUUUCUAAAUUUAGUGGAGCCAGGCCCAGGCAUGCGACUCAUGGUCCUCGGUGCCCAAUGGGUGUUCUUCAGCGGAUUCUCCAUCGCCUAUCUCAUCUCACCGCAAAUAUGCCACCGCUUCGUCGGAUACCUUGAAGAGGAAGCGGUGAUAACAUACACCAAAGCAAUCAAAGAUCUUGAUAGCGGCCAUCUCCCUCAAUGGGAGAAGCUGGAAGCACCUAAGAUGGCGAUAAAAUACUGGCAAAUGCCCGAAGGCCAACGGUGCAUGCGCUCCCUGCUGCUGUAUGUGCGUGCUGACGAGGCAAACCACCGGGAGGUUAACCACACACUUGGAAAUUUGAACCAGGAGACGGAUCCAAAUCCCUUCUCGGCGAAUUUCAAGUCUCGGGUUCAGAAGGUGACUGAGUCAGUCGGUGUGAUGGGGCAGCUGGAUCCGCAAAGCUGCAAUAGGGAGGUUUGA